AAAAGAUUUGGGGUGGUGCACCGGAUCGAGCGUUGUGAGAACUUACUUACUUGAAGAUUGUCCAUUGCCAUGGUGUCUCUUUAAGAUUAUUGGCCUACUACUAUAGCUAGAGUAGAAGCAUGCGUCAGUUCAUACGGUACUGGUACAUAGUACAAUGAGCACCAACAAAGGAAGGAAGAAGCGGAAUGCCAACGAGAAAGGUUCUGCUGGAAAUGACAACAACCGUCAGGAGUCGCUUUUGGUGGCAGGAAUGCCCAUUGCCACUGCCAUUUUGGCAAAUGACAUGGAAGCAUUGAGCAGAACUGUCGCCAGUUUUCUCCCCAAUCCAAAAGCCGUGACAAUCGAAAAUCUGGUGAUUUCCAAAUCACAAGGAGAAGCCUUUACCGGUGGAAGAUCCACACCUGUCUAUCACGUGAGCUGUGACGUCCUCCGAGGCAGAGGCAACCGCCGACAACGACAUUUUGUGGUCAAGCUGGUGCUCAUGCCGAACAAUAAUACUCAUAGUAAUGAUGAUGAUGCAACAGAAAUUCCACACUCCCUUUGGAUCAAGCGAGAAUCCUACGCGGUGGAGCGUCGAUUCUACGACUCUGCUGCACCGCAGAUACGACAACACGGACAACUGGCCAUUCCCAGGUUGCUGGGUGCCGACAAUGACGACCGACAUAAGGGUGCAUGGCCUGCCGUCUGCUUCAUCAUGAAUGAUGUCCGUCAAUCGGGGUAUGCCAGUCACCCCGAUUUCUUGUCCCCUCCACAGGCCAUGGCUGCCUUGAAGUGGCUAGCAGCCUUUCAUGCUCUCUUUUGGGGACAAGCAGCUGACACGAAUGAUCAGGAGUGGAGGCGUGACGUGUGGGAUCGGGGUGGUUUCUGGACACCCAAGCAACGAAAGCAAGACAAUAACAAACAACAACAAAAAUCAACCUCCUCCGUAAGAGUGACAGGGCUGGCACAGCAAUGGAACAAAACUGUCAAGUGGCUCGAGGGCAAGCAUCCGGAUGCCAUUUCAUCGUCAACCAAGAGUCUGGGGGCACGCCUGGAACAUGUGGCGGGACCUAUUGCCGACUUUUUGAUGCAACAAUCACAACGAAACUGUGGCAGCACACUGCUCCAUGGAGAUUACAAAGCGGCCAACAUGUUCUUUCGGGACAAUGCUGAGGAAGAGGAAGAUCAACUUGGAAUGGAGGAUGUAGCCGUCCUGGACUUUCAGUUUGCGGGCAUGGGGGUAUGUGCCGAAGACGUGGCGUAUCUGUUGUUUCCCGAUGCCAGAGGGGACUACUUUGACAUGGAGAAGGAGCUGUUAGAAUGCUACCACGAGGAGCUCAUUUCGCAGCUCAUGAUUCAACAAAAAGGCGGUCCAUCGUCCCUAUCCUUGGAGUCGUUUCAGGCAUACUACGAACUGGCACGCAUUGAUUUUUUGCGGUAUUUGCUAGUGGAAAAGGGCUGGAUUGGGAGCAAUGAGGGGGACAAGAGACUCGUAAAGGCACUGGAGGGCACCUUGGAUCGAAUCGACGGUGCCAUUUCCUCAACGAAUAAUAAUCAUGAGGACGACAUCCUGCAAGCCUUGUCCAGCCUUGUAUCCUGA